GGCGGGCGCGGAGCCGGCGCUGGCCAGGGAGCCGGAUUUGGAGCGCGGCGCCGGCGGGGGCCGGAGGGGGCGGCGCGGCGGACCUCGGUGGCCUCGGACGCUCCUCCUCGAGAGCGGCCGCCGCCCGCCUCCGCCUUGCGCCGCCAGCUCCCUCGCCCCGGCCGGCACCCGCCGCCUCUCCAGGCCGCUCACCCGGGACGCGCUCACCUGGGAAGGGGUGCCGGGCGCCCUCACCUGGGCCAGGAUGAAGGACCGGCUGGAGCAGCUGAAGGCCAAGCAGCUGACACAGGAUGAUGACACCGACGAGGUUGAGAUUGCUAUCGACAACACAGCCUUCAUGGAUGAGUUCUUUUCUGAGAUUGAGGAAACUCGGCUCAACAUUGACAAGAUCUCAGAGCAUGUGGAGGAAGCUAAGAAACUCUACAGUAUCAUUCUCUCUGCACCGAUUCCAGAGCCAAAAACCAAAGAUGACCUUGAACAGCUCACGACUGAGAUCAAGAAAAGGGCCAACAACGUCCGGAACAAGCUGAAGAGCAUGGAGAAGCAUAUCGAAGAAGACGAGGUCCGGUCUUCAGCAGACCUGCGGAUCCGAAAGUCCCAGCAUUCUGUGCUCUCCCGGAAGUUUGUGGAGGUGAUGACAAAGUACAAUGAGGCUCAGGUGGACUUCCGUGAACGCAGCAAAGGGCGCAUCCAGCGGCAGCUUGAAAUUACUGGUAAGAAGACAACAGAUGAGGAGCUGGAAGAGAUGUUGGAGAGUGGCAACCCUGCCAUCUUCACUUCUGGGAUCAUCGACUCCCAGAUUUCCAAGCAAGCCCUCAGUGAGAUUGAGGGUCGGCACAAGGACAUCGUGAGGCUGGAGAGCAGCAUCAAGGAGCUCCAUGACAUGUUUAUGGACAUCGCCAUGCUGGUGGAGAAUCAGGGAGCCAUGAUUGACCGUAUUGAGAACAACAUGGACCAGUCAGUGGGCUUUGUGGAGCGGGCUGUGGCAGAUACCAAAAAGGCUGUCAAGUAUCAGAGUGAAGCCCGGAGGAAGAAGAUCAUGAUUAUGAUCUGCUGUAUUAUCCUUGCCAUCAUCUUGGCUUCUACCAUUGGGGGCAUAUUUGCCUGAAGAAGGUGAGCUGUCUGGGGAGGGGCAGGCCUGCUGUCACUUAACUUGACAGACUUAUAUUCUGGGUGUAUGCCACCCCGGUUACAGAAUAAGGAGUAGGUGAGAAUAAGGAGUAGCUGAAUGUUAGAGAAAAACAAGGAAAGGGAUAUUUUAGAGUUGAUGAAGAAUAACUGGGAGGAGGUAGUGAGGGAGGGAGAUGGGGAGACAAGGUAGCAAUUUGCCUGACUGAGGCUAAUUGGAUGGUGAUUCUCAACAGUGAGGAUGUUUGUUCCUGUUGUAAAAAUGUGAACCCUUGUAUCUGGAAAUGGUAAAAGGAAUUAUAUAUAUAUUGCAUUGAACUUGCCUUAAAACCCCUGCUUCCAAGGCUAGAACAAGCUAGUGCAGUUUUGAGAGAAGUUUCUCACCCCUGCAGGGGAGGUGGUAUCCUGGUCAUGAACACCAUGCUGUGUAAUAUAUAAUUUUUCCUUUCUAUUUUCUGUUACUUCCUCUGCCCUCACAGAUGGAAUCUCAACAGGCAUCUCCAAUCUUCCACCUCUGUGGUGCCAUCACGUCUCCCCUUCAGAGUCCUCAUCAGCUAUGCCUCUUUUCAUUAGGAAACUUACAACACAGGGCACCAAUCAACUGCUUAUUAAAUGUCACACACAGGGGGAACAAAUUAAUGAAAAUGUGGAGUUGAGGCGGGUAGGGAUGAAGGAACAGGGAGCCCAGCAAUAUAAAGUUGGCUUAGAUGGCCCUUAAAGGGCAGGCCUGCAUAGUAGAGAAACAUAAUGGGUCCCUGUUUAGGGUACAACACCCAGAGUCUGAAUGCCAGGAUGGUAUGAAGAAGCAGGUAUUACAGCAUGCCCAACUCAACAGGGUCUUAAUCAAAUUCUGUGAAGUCGUCUCUCAGAUCAUGGUACUCACUACUUCUACACUAAGGCUCUUCAACCUUAACCAACCAGUUGUCUGCUUCCCUCUUCAGGUCCAAGAUUAGUUUUUAAUACAGACGUUGCUUAAGGAUAGGCACCAUGCCUGUCUUAGACACUACUGUGUCCCUACUGCUUAGCACACACAGUGCCUCCACUUCCAGAUACCUGCUUACUUGUAGUCUAGCUUUGAUGCCCUUCAUGGAUGAGUCCCUGGGCUUGGCUUUUAAACUCUUUAAGGUAUUAUUGGGAACAUAGUUUACUAGUAUCAGACAUAGAUGCAAAAAUAUAACAACAACCCCCUAUUACCAUAUCAUACACUUUAAAGUGUUUUGCUUUUGUUUUGGGGGUGGUGGUGAUGGUAAGUAGAGGUUGGGUUUCUAUCAGUGGUGCAAAUUUCUAUCUAUAGCCUCUCAUUUGGCAGAGAUGGUGGUUGGUCUCAGGAUGGAGGUUCACUCACUAAAUUCAUUCCUCCAACAAAAGAAAGUUUAUUCUAUGCUUCAGCUUCCAAACCAGCAUACUCUAUUACCCAGAAUGAGAGAAAGAGUAAUGAGGCUUCUCCUUCAGCCCUUACCAGGUCUGUGUUAGCAGAAGCUACAGAUCAGUGACAUGUACAAGAAACUGGUCCAAGCAUGCCUGCAAUUCAAGGUCUUAUUGUGCUUCACUUGAAAAAAUAAUUUGUUUAGAGAUUAUUACAUUGUAAGACACUCAAUAAGAUAAAUUAAAAAUCUGCUUCUAACUUUUGAAAGUAA